AUGUCCUAUAACCAAGGCUACGGCGGCGGCGGCGGCGGCGGAUAUCCUGGAGGCGCCUACCCGGGGAGUAACUAUGGCCAGCCUCCCCCAGGUCCGCCGCAACAGCAGUGGCAGCAGCCACACCAUGGCGGCGGCUACGGUGGUGGUGGUGGAUAUGGUGGUCCUCCUCCUGGCCCGCCGCCUCCGCAGUCGCAAUACGGCUACGGCGGCCAGGGCCACUACCAACAAGGCCCUCCUCCUCCCCAGGGCGGCUACAAUCGCUAUCCUCCCCCGAGCGGCCCUCCUCCCCAGGGCUACGACAGCUACGGCUAUCCCAUCAACGCCGCCCCCGCCCACGGCGGCUACAACUCUGGCUACGGCGACCAGGGCCGCUCCAACGCCGCCGCGCCGCCGCACAACCCCCAGCAGUUCGGCCACGGCGCCCCCUCCAACUACACCUUCCAGUACUCCCACUGCACGGGAAAGCGCAAGGCCUUGCUGAUCGGCAUCAACUACUUCGGCCAGAGCGGCGAGCUGAGGGGCUGCAUUAACGACACCAAGAAUGUCUCGAGCUUCCUCAUGGAGCGCUACAACUACAAGCGCGAGGACAUGAUCAUCCUGACCGACGACGCCCACGACCCCGUGCUGCAGCCCACCGCCGCCAACAUCCGCCGCGCCAUGCAGUGGCUGGUCAACGGCGCCCGGGCCGACGACGCCCUGUUCCUGCACUACUCGGGCCACGGAGGCCAGACGGCCGACCUGGACGGCGACGAGGAGGACGGCACCGACGAGGUCAUCUACCCUGUCGACUACAAGACGGCCGGUCACAUUGUCGACGACGAGAUCCACAUGAUGGUCGUGCGGCCGCUGCAGGCCGGCGUGCGGCUGACGGCCAUCUUCGACUCGUGCCACUCGGGCUCCGUGCUCGACCUGCCCUACAUGUACAGCACCAAGGGCGUGCUGAAGGAGCCCAACCUGGCCGCCGAGGCCGGCCAGGGCCUGCUCAAGGCCUUCUCCUCGUACGCCUCGGGCGACAUGGGCGGCGUGGCCUCGUCCAUCCUCGGCUUCGCCAAGAAGGCCUACAAGGGCGACGACGCCUACCAGAAGACCAAGGAUACCCGGACCUCGCCCGCCGACGUCAUCAUGUGGUCCGGCAGCAAGGACUCCCAGACGAGCGCCGACGCCACCAUCGCCCAGCAGGCGACCGGCGCCAUGUCGUGGGCUUUCAUCACGGCCAUCAAGCAGAACCCCAAGCAGAGCUACGUCGAGCUGCUGAACAGCAUCCGCGACGUGCUGGAGACCAAGUAUUCGCAGAAGCCACAGCUGAGCUGUAGUCAUCCCCUGGAUACGAAUUUGUUGUUCGUCAUGUAA